GAAAAACAAGCAGGGUAUAAAUAGGGGGGGCUGCGCGGGAGAGGAAUGUUUUUGUGGAGAGUAGAGGGAGAGACCAGCUCUGAAGACCUGACUUGUUCAACGCACAGCGCGACCAGGGAGGAGUGAGGUGAGGAGCCAGGCUGGCCAUGUGGUGGAGGGGCCUGGUGCUGGGCUUGGCCCUCUGCCUGCUGCCCGAGGGCGGCAGGGGGGAGGCCGAUGGCUCGGGGGCGUCCCGCUGUAAGCCGGCGCCCACGUGGAAGAUUGGCGACCUGGAGCCCAUGAAGCAGGUCGCCGGCAGGGUCACGGUGGUGGCCCUGCUCCAGGCCAGCUGAUCCUUCUGCCUGGUGCAGGCGUCCAAACUGGACGGGCUGCGCCUGAAGUUGGAGAGUCAGGGCCUGAAAGACAUCGCCUACAUGGUGGUGAACGACAAGGUAGAGCAUGCUCGCCGACUCCACCACAAGCUGGCAGAGAAGCUGUCGGAGCACAUCCCCCUCUACGCCCAGAGUGCCGACGACCCCCAGGACGUCUGGCAGAUCCUGAACGGCGAGAAGGAUGACUUCUUGAUUUACGACAGAUGUGGACGUCUCACCACCCACUUAUCGCUUCCAUAUUCCAUCCUGUCAAUGCCCCACAUCGAGGAGGCCAUCAGAAAGACCUACUGCAAGAAGAGCUGUGGAAGCUGUGCUGCAGAGGACAAAUUAUCACUGGAGGAGUGUGACAAAGCACAUUCUCCGGGCACAUCUGCAGGGGGCCAUCAUUCCCACGGCCAUGCCGGCCACAUCCCCAGCUUUGGCCACCACAUCCCCAACUUUGGCCACCACAUCCCCAACUUCGGGGAGCACAUCCCCAGCUUCGGCCACGGCUUCGGGCCCGUUCCCAACCCGGGCCGGGACGAGGGCCUGAAUCUCCCGGCGGGUGGCUGCGAGGCGUCGCCCUCCUGGAAGAUCGGCGAGCUGGAGCCCAUGAAGGAGGCGGCAGGCAGGGUCACGGUGGUGGCUCUGCUGCAGGCCAGCUGACACUUCUGCCUGGUGCAGGCGUCCAAACUGGACGGGCUGCGCCUGAAGUUGGAGAAGCAGGGCCUGAAGAACAUCACCUACAUGGUGGUGAACGACAAGGCGGAGCAUGCCAGGAGACAACACCACAAGCUGGCAGAGAAGCUGUCGGAGCACAUCCCCCUCUACGCACAGAGCGCCGACGACCCCCAGGACAUCUGGAAGAUCCUCAACGGCGAGAAGGAUGACUUCUUGAUUUACGACAGAUGUGGACGUCGAACAUACCACAUAUCCCUUCCCUACUCGAUCCUCACAACACCCUACAUCGAGGAUGCCAUCAGACAGACAUACUGCAACACCACCUGUGGAAACUGCUCCCUGGAGGCUGACAUGUCCCUGGAGGAGUGCGAGAAUCCACCCGAGACGGUGACCGACAAACCAAACCACGGUCAUGGCCACCACCAUCACGACCAUCACAGCCACCACGGCCACGGUGGAGGUCACGGUAACCACGGUGGAGGUCACAGUAACCAUGGUGGCGGAGGCCACGGUAGCCAUGACCACAGUAGCCACGGCGGUGGCGAUGGUCACAACACCGCUCGCGGCCGCAGCUACGGCCCGCCCCCAUCCAGCGAGGGCCAGAAUCACAACCAGGGUCACGGUGCUCACGGUGGUCACGGUGGUCACGGUGGCGGCCAGCAACAACAGCAGCAGCCGUCUUACGACCAAUAUCGUCAGCAGUACGACCCCAGCCAGCGUCAGGGUGGUGGUGGUAGCAGCCAUGGUGGUGGAGGUAGCAGCCAUGGUGGUGGUGGUGGUAGCAACUACCAGCAGUAUUACCAGCAGUACUGGCAGCCUGGAGGCUCGAGCCACCAGGGGCAGGGCCAGGUGCAGGUCCCCGUGGAGCUGGAUUUUGGUCUGAGGUUCGGUCAGGGCCAGGGCCAGGGUCAGGUGAGGCAUGUGAGGGAGGCCAGGCAGGUGGAGGAGAGUGAGGGAGGUGAUGGUGGUGGUGGUGGUGGUGGGGCAACGUUUGAUCUGCUCAAGCAGCUGAAGCAGCUCAGGCAGCCGCGGCAGCCGUGAGUGGAGCCCCAGCAGGCGCCCAGGUGACGCUCGCGUCACAGCUGAGAGUGGCCCGACGCGGCCGACCAGAGCCUGCAGGUGGCCGGCUGAUGCUGACACUGACGGCAGCUGCUGGAGGGCGAGAGCGAGGGUCUCUGACGCUGUGACGAGGCGUUGCCCGCCUCAUGUAGGUGACAGAGCGCCAGCCCCAGUGGCGGUGGCAGCGAUGACAACACGAUCAGGGAGACCUGACAGUGACGUCCGCUGCCCCGGCUCUGACGGCACCCCCAGCAGCCGCCGAGGCAGUCCAGCUGAUCCUGAACCCAGACGGGCGCCUCCACCACCUGAACAUGACAGGACCAGAUCUAAGCAGGCGGCCAUUUUUUUGGUGUUGCAGCCAUUUUGGUGUACGUACAGCCAUGUUGGUACAGUACGGUCGGCCAUUUUGGUACAGUGCUGCUGCCAUUAUUGGUGUACGGUACAGCCAUUUUGGUUCCACCAUGUGUGGCAGUGCUGUGAUGAUCUGUCUCCUGGUCUUCGUUGCUGGUGGCUUGGAGGUGCCUCUCUCAUCCUGGCUAGUAACAUCUUUGCCGAGAAGUAUUACCCAGACACUGCGGCAAACAACAGAACUGACCACCAUUGCAUGUUAGUCAAAUCUGGCUUAUUAAAAAAAGGCAAAAUAGAAAUUAAAUUAUGAAAAUGAAAUUGUGUUUUUACGGGAUUCAAUCAUGAUAUACAGUUCUUUUACCAGAGGUUGCAGCAUUUUUUGACAUUAACAAUUCCCCUUAAAAUACAAACAGUCCAGAAAUAGAAGAAAUAAUACAAUCGGUAUGGGAUUUAAUGAAGAUGCUUUGACAGAGGUUGUGGAAAAUUACCGGUUCCCCUAAAAAUGCAUACAGGAAAUUGUGACAUUCCAUUGAUAUUUAAUAGGAAGCCCUAAAGCCUAAAGACACAGAAUUUAGCCCUGCAAAAAAAAAGAGACAUAAAAAAUGGCAUUUUCAGAACAUGUCCAUGGUGGUUUUCUUUGGUGCUUGCCUCAGUGUUGGAGUGACUGGGGUAUUAUGAAGAUGCCAUUUCACCCCCAAAAUACUCUUUAUUUCAAUAAUGAAGUCAGGCACAAAAACUAUGCGCUAGUGGUGUUUGGCGGAUGCUAUGCAACAUAGAGUGGGGGAGAGAUGACAUCAGACAUAAUACCUUCAGAGUUAACAAGACAGAAUGGUAUUGUUUUUUUUUGUUUGGUUGUUUUUGUUUUUGCUAAAAAGUAGUUAGAAUCAGGUUUUAGUGGUCUAGUGAGUAGUCCUUUUUUGGAUUGUAGUAAAAUAAGAGAAAGCUCUCUCUCUCUCUCUCUCUCUCUCUCUCUCUCUCUCUCUCUCUCUCUCUCUCUCUCUCUCUCUCUCUGAAUGCAGAAAUGACUAACACACUGAUGGACCAAAGGAGCAGCUAAGCUAUGCAGUAGCAAUAUAUCUUAACAAGGCACAUGCAUCAACUGCAUACAGAAAUUAUCCAGCUACAAUACACUGUGUUACUUAAAUGCUACAUUGCACACGAGUUUGUUUUUCAAAUGUCACAUCUUUUUUUCUUAUAUGCUUUUUGUGAGUGAGUUAUAUAUGCAAGAACUGUGCACACACAAGGCACAUACCCCCAACAUCAUGAACAAACAGUUAUUCUAGUUAUGCUUGUGUGAGUGGUUUAUGGUAUGCAAGAAAUGUGCACACACAAAGCACACGGCCCAAAAUCGCGCGAAACAAAUACAGUAUGUUAUUCCAGUUUUACUCAAAAUGAAAUGACCAGACAAAGAGGGAAAAUUGAAACGCUAGACAAGAAGAUCACAGUUUAGAGGGAAACAUUUUGCAUACUAAAUGAUGGUCUCCAGGAAAGAAUUUUGCUCUCUGGAAAACCUGAUGCCUUGUAUGGAAAAAUGUGUGAAUGGUGACUGUUUGGAAAACUGAAAGAUGAAAUGCUGGUUUGAUGGACUGAGGACACUGGAUGAAGCAUAAUAAAUUUAAAAAAAACAGAUCGGUAAUACAGUGUGUGUUUUCUGUUUUAUGAUUUCUGUCUGAUGAACUUCUAGCAAACGAAAGCUUGCAACACAAUCAGUAAAGCCUUGUAUUGCACAGA